CCAGGUUGUGUUGGACUGGAAGCGGAAGCUGCAUCACGCCUUGUUCAUCUCGCAUCUGGCAACACACUCAGAUCAACUCACUGCUGUCGUCACUAAGGUCAGCUACACGGAGCGAAGAUGGCGACCGCCUACGAGAGAUACAAUUUGCACACAACCCCUGAGAAGUUCUUCAUUGAGGCCUGUGAUGAAGGGGCUGAUGCUGUAUUGGCAAUUGACAGGGUUUCAAAUGAAAUGACCCUGACAGGGAAAAAAGAUGUUCCUCCCUCAGCAGUCACCAAGCCUAUAUGUGGCAUCAUGGGAACUAUUCGAUUGGUAGCAGGAAUGUACCUGAUCGUCAUCACCCGGAAGAGGAAUGUAGGCAGCCUCCUGGGCCACGCUGUGUGGAAGGCUGUGGACUUUGAUGUGGUCUCUUAUAAGAAGACUGUGCUGCAUCUCUCAGAAAUCCAGUCUCAAGAGAAUAAGACCUUCCUGUCAAUGAUUAACAAUGUGCUGACUACAGAUGGCUUCUACUUCUGUACUGACUUUGACCUGACACACACACUGCAGCGGCUGGCCAACACAAGCCCUGACUUCCAGGAGAUGAGUCUGUUUGAGAGGGCAGAUCAGAGGUUUGUGUGGAAUGGGAACCUCCUGAGAGAACUGGCUGGGCAGCCAGAGCUUCAUAAGUUUGCCAUUCCUGUUGUCCAUGGAUUCAUCGUCAUGAAACCAUGCCGUAUAAAUGGGAAGAUCUUUGAGUGGAUACUUAUAUCGAGGAGAAGCUGCUUCCGGGCUGGUGUGAGAUACUAUGUUAGAGGCAUUGACUCCGAAGGUCAUGCAGCUAACUUUGUGGAGACUGAACAGAUAGUUUUGUAUGAAGGAGCAAAAGCUUCAUUUGUACAGACACGAGGCUCGAUGCCCUUUUACUGGAGUCAGAGACCCAACCUCAAAUACAAGCCCAAACCAAUAAUCAGUAAAACCAUGAGCCAUCUGGAUGGUUUCCAGCGGCAUUUUGACUCUCAGCUCCUCAUCUAUGGGAAGCAAACUAUUCUGAAUCUGGUGAAUCAGAAGGGCUCAGAGAAGCCUCUGGAGCAGGCCUUUGCCAAGAUGGUUACUGGCAUGAACAAUGGUAUGCUCAAUUACAUAGCCUUCGACUUCCACAAAGAGUGCAGCCACAUGAGAUGGGACCGUCUUCAGAUCUUAGUGGAUACUGUUGCAGAGACACAAGAUGAAUACAAUUACUUCAUGGUGAACUCUGAGGGAAAGACCGUGGCACAGCAGAGAGGAGUCUUCCGCAGUAACUGCAUGGACUGUUUGGAUAGGACCAAUGUUAUCCAGAGCCUGCUGGCCCGACGUUCACUACAGUCUCAGCUUCAGAGGAUGGGGGUUCUAAAUGUGGGGCAGCGGAUUGAAGAGCAGGCUGAGUUUGAGAAGAUCUACAAGAAUGCAUGGGCUGACAAUGCCAAUGCAUGUGCUGUACAGUAUGCAGGCACUGGAGCCUUAAAAACAGACUUUACAAGAACGGGGAAGAGGACCAGGUGGGGGCUACUCAUGGACGGUUGGAACUCUAUGAUCCGCUACUACAAAAACAACUUCUCCGAUGGAGUCAGACAGGAUUCUAUUGACCUGUUCCUGGGUAACUUUGCGGUUGAUGAGUCAGAUGGACCCACCCCUCUUCGCGUGCAGAAGGACUGGAAGUUCUUAACACUGCCCAUCAUUAUGCUCGUGGCAUUUUCCAUGUGUAUCGUCUGUCUUCUCAUGGCUGGUGACACAUGGACAGAGACCUUAGCUUACGUGAUGUUCUGGGGAGCUGCGAGUGCAAUUACAGCCACGAUCAUCCUGUUUAAUGGCCAAGACUUUGUGGAUGCCCCCAAGCUGGUUCACAAGGAGAAGAUGGAUUAAGGGUGUGUUUGUGUGUGUGAAUGUGUGAGUGAGUGAGUGUGUGUCUUUGUUGAUGUGAGGAGCAGCUGGGUCAAGCAGACUCAUAUACCUCAUCAUCUUCACCAUCUCUUUCAGCAGGUCUGGACUAAGUUGCUGCCCCUAUACUGCUCUGUAGACAUUCUCAUUCAAAACUCUUUUUCUGCCCACAACAGAUGUUACCGUCUUUAGUUGCAUUGCAAUCUCUCCUUUUAUAUGGUUUACAUUUAAUUAUCUACAUUCCUCAUACUGUGUCUUGGUUGGUUCUACUGCUUGGUUUGUUUUGUUGGUGUUAUCUUGUCAAUUUCUUAUAGAAAAUGCUCAUUUUUCCUUUGGCUAGUAAUUGUGCUCUUAUGCAAAAUGACACACCACAUAGUUAAAUGUAAACCCUAAACGGUUACGCCCAAAGAUGUGGCACUUAGAGAUGCACAUAUUAAAAAUAUAUAUGUUGUAUUUCAAUGAAAAGACCACUGUAUACAGAAUUCACGUGAGUUCUGAUUGUAAUGAGCCUUGCAAACUUGUGUAUGAGAUAUAAAUAGGUGGCUAAUCUAUGUUAAGUGAACAAUAUGUCUUCCUAUUAAGCUAGCUUGAGAGAGUAUCUGUCAUGCCAUUUGUCAUUUGGUGUUUUAAAAAAAGUAUACUGUCUGGAACUUUUGCUGAAUUAUAUCUUUCAUCACAGCUUACUUGUCUUUUUGGAAUGAAAGAUUUCUACAAAUCCAUUUUUUGUUUAUUAGCAGCAAGUAAUAUAUCCAUCUCAUCUACAUAAUUUUUCCUUCAGUAACUGGAAGCUGCUUGUUGCAAUUUUUGUGGCUGUUUUUUGCCACUUCUUGCCUUGGAUGUAGUUUGUUAGCCUGCUUGCUCUGUAGGAAGAUAACACCUUUAAUUUAUCCUACAAGGCUCUGAUAGCUGAUUGGUUUUACCCAGCAUCACAAAACAAACUAGAAAUUUAUGUUUAAGUAAAAAAAACAUUGAUCUCAAAAUAACUGCUUAUAUUAAUAAACCUCAUAAUAUGCAUUUUGGUUGAUCAUUACCAACUUAUGCUACACGUACAAACCCUGAGUUUCUUUCACUGUAAUGAUGUAAUGUAGAGUGGGAACAAGCUGGUACUGUUGAUCAGUAAGGAAUAAGAUGAUUUCAGCAAGUGUAUGUUAAGAGGUUAAAAGAGAUUCUUAGACCUAAAGCCCAUUAGUAAGCAUGGACACUCUUAGCAUCCAUUUUUUGCCAGGCACCUGUUCAAUAAUGUUUCCUCUCUGCUUCAGUUUCCAGUUUCUUCACAGGGGUUUGGGGAUUGUGUUGCUCCAGAGUAAAAGAGAAUACAUACAAUUCCACUUUGAGAUCACUGCCUUACAGAGCUGCCCCUAGGUGGAGAGGGCACAGACAUUUAAAACUGUCAUAUAAGCAUUUAAUCAUUCUGAUUGACACCUUCUUUUGAUUUUGAUUUAAAAUGUACUAAUGAAUUAAAGGAAUUGGUCACAAUG